AUGAAGCGCAUUGUACUUCAGAGCGACAUGUUUGAAGCUGAUGGUGAUGAAGCAUUUCAUGGCAGAAAGAAGCAACUGGUGAAGUUGGUCAACAUGAUCAUGGCGAGUAACCUACAAGGUUGCGAUGUUGGAGACCAUGACUUCAGAACAAUGUCAUGGAGUUGGAAAUUUGCGAUGGGGGUGAUCUUUUCCCUUUUGAUGCUGGUGGUGCGACUUUUCCUGAAGUUGACAUCAAAGAUGGAAGAGCUUGCGAAGUACAAGGAAGUUUUGAAAACGGAGACUUUCUUGAGGAAGAUGCAGAAGAAGAGCAAACCAAUGGUGAUGGAGAUGAGACUCUUUCAGAAGCGUCAUUUGCAGUCCACGAUGGAAGAGGUGGGCGAUGUGGAGGAAUGGACCAACAUCCAUUGUGGCUAUGCCUACGAUGCUGGAAGUGACUAUCAAGAAGACGAUGCAGCUGGUUUGGAUACAUCGAGAUCAAGAUCUAGGGGUUCCAACAACAAUGAGCCCCAGGCAAGGACAAUGCCCAAACCACGUGCAAAACAGGUUGCAGGGCGCAUCGCAAUGGACACUGCGUUGGACAUGGCCGAGGCGAUUGAGAACAGUGGUGCUGGUCCCUCAUCGUCUAUGGAGCCUCGAAGUUUGGGAGUUGUCAAAGACUCCAACUACCUUUUGAGCAGCGUUCCUGUGGCCAACUUUUUCCACAUCAUGCCCGUUCCUCGAGAACCUUUGGCACUACAUGACUAUCGAUGGGAUCUACUUGGACAAGGAAUUGGCCCAGAGAAUUUGCUCGUGAUCAAGUGCUGA